AUAAAAAAUAAUAUUGAACUUCAUAAACCGAGAGCACUAGAACAGCCAACUUUAUAUAGCCCACAGGCAGAAGAAAAAAAAAAGUUGCGAUCUUUGAUCUUCAUGGCGUCGAGGUUGUUGUGGGCUUCAAGAGCCGCCUCCUAUCUCAAGAUCUCCACCUUCCACAGGGGCUUCUCCUCUGUCGUGAAGGACUUAAAAUACGCCGACAGUCAUGAAUGGGUCAAAGCUGAUGGUACUGCUGCGACCAUAGGAAUUACUGACCAUGCCCAGGAACAUUUGGGCGACGUAGUAUAUGUGGAAUUGCCUGAUGUUGGAACCUCUGUGGAAAAGGGGAAGAGUUUUGGUGCAGUUGAAAGUGUCAAGGCCACCAGUGAUGUCUACUCUCCGGUUUCUGGGGAGGUUGUUGAAGUUAACAGCGAAUUGAGCGAUUCUCCUGGUUUGGUGAAUGCUGGUCCGUAUGACAAAGGUUGGAUUAUGAAGGUCAAGAUGAGCAACUCAGGGGAGUUAGAAUCUUUGAUGGAUGCUGAUCAAUAUAUGAAAUUUUGCGAAGAAGAGGAUGCAAAACACUGAGGAAUACUUGGUAGUACUUGGUUGAGAACAUUGUCUUGAAAAUUGAGGGGGAAAAAAUAAAAAGGUAGAAAAAAUUGUUAGUUUACUUCAUCCUGGUGUUCGUUUGAUGCAUGUUUAGAAAUCUAAAAUAAUCAGUCUUUCCAUGAGUCUCUAGUUUAUGCUUGUUGCUUCACGGAAUUCUUGUAACUUCGCAAUUUAUCUCAAUGUUAGAUCUGUGAGAUUUGUUAAUAAGA